CCCAGCCAGCCCCGGGCCGAGCCCGGGGGUCCGGGCUGCCCGUCGCCUCCGGCCGUCGGGCCGAGCGUCCUCCUACUGACCGCGCGUCCCUCGGCCUCCCCGCCUGCCCGGCGACACCUCGGCAGGGCACGAUGGCCGGGAAAGCGGCGGGAGCCGGCGGUACCGGGAUCCUGCUCGUCACGGCCAACGUGGGCUCGCUCUUCGACGACCCGGAGAACUUACAGAAGAAUUGGCUUCGAGAAUUUUACCAGAUCGUGCACACGCAUAAGCCGCACUUCAUGGCCCUCCACUGCCAGGAGUUUGGUGGCAAGAACUAUGAGGCGUCCAUGUCCCACGUCGACAAAUUUGUCAAAGAGCUCCUCUCCAGCGACGCCAUGAAGGAGUAUAACCGGGCACGCGUAUACCUGGAUGAGAACUACAAAUCUCAGGAGCAUUUCACGGCGCUAGGAAGCUUUUAUUUCCUUCAUGAAUCCUUGAAGAACAUCUACCAGUUUGACUUUAAAGCAAAGAAAUAUAAAAAAGUUACUGGCAAAGAAAUCUAUUCUGACACGCUGGAGAGCACGCCGAUGCUGGAGAAGGAGAAGUUUCCCCAGGAAUAUUUCCCAGAGUGCAAAUGGUCCAGGAAAGGCUUCCUUCGGACGAGGUGGUGCAUCUCUGACUGUGCCUUCGACCUGGUGAACAUCCACCUUUUCCAUGAUGCUUCCAAUUUGAUUGCCUGGGAAACCAGCCCCUCAGUUUAUUCCGGAAUUCGGCACAAGGCCCUGGGUUACGUGCUUGACCGAAUCAUCGACCAGCGGUUUGAGAAGGUGUCGUACUUUGUCUUUGGAGAUUUCAACUUCCGACUGGACUCCCGAUCCGUGGUGGAGACACUUUGUACAAAGGCCACAAUGCAGACCAUCCGGGCGGCUGACACUAACGAAGUUGUGAAGUUAAUAUUCCGUGAAUCUGAUAACGACCGGAAGGUCAUGCUGCAGUUAGAGAAGAAGUUGUUUGAUUAUUUCAAUCAAGAAGUAUUCCGAGACAACAACGGAACAGCGCUCUUGGAAUUUGACAAAGAGUUGUCUGUCUUUAAAGACAAGUUGUAUGAACUGGACAUCUCAUUUCCUCCCAGUUACCCAUACAGUGAAGACUCAAGCCAGGGGAAGCAGUACAUGAACACCCGGUGUCCGGCAUGGUGUGACCGGAUCCUGAUGUCCCCGUCAGCCAAGGAGCUUAUCCUGAGAUCUGAAAAUGAUGAGAAGAUUGUGACCUAUGACAACAUUGGACCCAAUGUCUGCAUGGGAGAUCACAAGCCGGUGUUCCUGUCCUUCCGCAUCGCUCCGGGGGCAGGUAAACCCAGUGCUCAUAUGCACAAGUGUUGUGUCGUGCAGUGACGUGUCGCAGGGAGAAGAUGCCAGCGGAACGAGAAGAUCUUUCGGGAGACUGCCUUGUAGCCUGCCAGGAGGAGGAGGAUAAGGAUAAGGAUAAGGAUAAAGCAGUAUACUGAAACCCAUUCUAUUUAACAGCUGUAUUGAUAAACAGUCCUGAGUGCCACCUUUGUAGACUGCUGGCCACACACUCUGCUUCGGCACCAGGACGCUGUCCAAGGAGAUCCUCACAUACCUCACUGUCUUGUGUGUUCCUGUGACGUCCAGUAGAAAUGUGGAGUUUUUAAAUAAGUCACAGUCCUGUUGCCAAAACGCUAAUAGACUGCAGAAAUAGUCUGCAUCGUAGAUUUCACCGUUUUCAACUCUUACCAAUUGUUGGCCGAUGUUGAGAAGGUACUUCUGCCUCCUUCGAGCCCGGGGGGGCGGCCGGCGAUGGGUGUCUGUCCACUGGACUGUGUAGAUAGAUAGCAAUACUUAGCGAUGGCGCACUCUCGCCGCUGGCUUGGGAGCUCACCUUCUCGCUGACUCGGUGAUUUUUACUGGUAGGCCUUGUGUUUCCCCAAUUCCAUGUUAUUUACUCUACUGCCAUGGUCCAUGGUUUUUUUGAAUCACACCGCAGCUGCUUUCCAUUUUUAUAUAUAUAUAUAUAAAUAUAAAUAUAUAUACUUUUUAAAAAUAAUUUAUAAAUCUUACCAAAACCUAUGCUAAAUAGACUUUCCAGUCUGAAUGCCUGUGAGUGGCGUAGCUAACCCCUCAUGUUGGAGCCCGAGGUUGAUUUAGUUCCGUACAUACCAGCCACCAGAACCUUUAGAAUAAACCCCGUGCAGCCCUGUGCCCCUUGGUGUGUUAGAGAAGAUGAGCCCCUCCCCUAGCCCUCAUAUGGUAAUCACCCCCCUCCUCCUUCUGUGCCCCUUCAGGAUGGAAUGUGAUGUGAUAGCUAGGCUGGGUGGACAGGUGUCCCCUUUCCAAAUUUUGUGACCCAUUCCAAAUGUCUUUCCUUUGUCACUGUCCUGGGUGCCAAGUAGUCUUGAUGACAACAGUAACAUUAUGGAAUAAAUAAAAGCAACCUCAUCUGCUUCAGGUAGAAACUGCUUCUCACUGUAGGUAGGUCUGAAGUUUCAGGAACCUACCAGCCCCUGCCCCUGCCCAAGGCAAACCACUCUGGACCGCCAGCCCAUGAGCUCACCUUGUAUCUCCAGAGGUCUCCUCUCCCCCACCUCCUUGGUCCCCCACCUCAGCUCGGUACAACAUUCAAAGGCGAUUAGCGAGUCUGUUGACGAAACACAAGCGUGGGUUUUAUGGAUUCCACGUCGAACACUACAGAGCUCACGGACUGGGGGCGGUCAUUUGUGGGCAAUGGAUGGGGCAGAAAUCACUACAAUGCUGGUGUGUCUGUGUCCGCUGACAGGAUUUGUUAUAUUGCUAGCACUGCCGGAUUUGGGCGUACAUGGCUCUGAAGGGGGAGAGAAGCCUCCGCCUGACCCGUGGCCAGCGUAGCGUGCUCUGCCGCCAUUUCAUUGCGGGUAAUUUUCUUGAUCGUGAAUUUCACUUAUGAAAUAACUUGGAAGGCCUUGAGAAAUGAGAACUCUGUUCUCAAGCAAUAAAAUGAUCUUGGUGACAA